AUGAAUAAAUAGCCAAAGAAGCGAAAGUUACUCAGAUUGUGGUUGCUGCUGGAAUUGUUUAUUCGUUUAUUAUCUCUUAGGCAAUUGCAAUAAAAGCUACAAAAAUGGAUCCUGCACUUCUCCGGGAACGGGAGGCCUUCAAAAAGAGGGCUAUGGCCACUCCCACGAUCGAGAAGAAAAUUAGGCCUGAACCUCCUGCACCACCAAAAGAUGAUCCACGAAAGAAAAUGCGUCCACCGACAGCCCCAAAAUUGGAUGCUUCCACCUACAAGACGAUGUCCGGGAGUUCUCAGUACCGCUUUGGUGUCCUGGCAAAGAUCGUCAAACACAUGCGUACAAGACAUCAGGACGGGGAUGAUCACCCACUAACGCUGGAGGAAAUUCUGGAUGAAACGAAUCAACUUGAUAUUGGGAACUCGGUUAAGAAUUGGCUGCAAACAGAGGCACUGAUAAACAAUCCCAAAAUCGAGGUCAGUCCCGACAACCGAUUCUGCUUCAAACCCGUGUACAAAAUCAAAGAUGGAAAAAGCCUAAUGCGCUUACUGAAGCAGCACGACUUGAAAGGUCUAGGUGGCAUUCUGCUGGACGAUGUCCAAGAAUCUCUUCCACACUGCGAGAAAGUGCUCAAAAAUCGUGCAUCCGAAAUUGUGUACAUUAUUCGACCAAUCGACAAGAAGAAGGUGUUAUUUUACAACGACCGCACAGCCAAUUUCGUGGUUGAUGACGAAUUCCAAAAACUAUGGCGAUCAGUGACUGUCGAUGCAAUGGACGACGCCAAGAUUGAUGAAUAUUUGGAGAAACAAGGUAUCAGGUCAAUGCAAGACAAUGGGCCAAAACGAAAUCCUAUUGCGAAGCGGAAAAAGGCUCAAAGCAAGAAACGGCAAUUCAAGAAACCAAGAGACAACGAACAUUUGGCUCAUGUGUUGGAGACGUACGAGGACAAUACUUUAACCCAGAAAGGUGCCUCCGUUACCGGAUGAAAUGGCUUUUGAAAUUUCCAUAGGAAUUAAGAUUUUCUCGACAUAUAUGAUUUUAUAUAAUAAACUGAGGUUCUACAUA